CGCGGGUAGGGAGCCACCUCUUUGCCCCGUCUCCCAGGCAGGAAGGUCUUUUGGCAAGACUGGCUUGACAAAGAUGGCCCUGGAAUGUGUGGAGUCCGGGCCGUGAUGAUCACUGAGUGAGUGGCACUGGGCUCAGGCUGGGCAGUUUGUUGACUGACAAAGAGGAAUGCUAGCAGUUAGGAAGGUGAGGAGGAAACUCAGGAUGGGGACCAUCUGCUCCCCCAACCCCAGCGGGACAAAGACAUCAUCGGAGGUCUGCAAUGCCGACUGGAUGGCCUCGCUCCCCCCUCACCUCCACAACGUCCCCCUUUCCAAUCUGGCAAUCCCAGGCUCCCAUGAUUCGUUCAGCUACUGGGUAGAUGAGAAGUCCCCAGUGGGGCCCGACCAAACCGCAGCCAUCAAACGCCUGGCCAGGAUCUCCUUGGUGAAGAAGCUCAUGAAGAAGUGGUCUGUGACGCAGAACCUGACGUUCAGGGAGCAACUGGAAGCCGGCAUCCGCUACUUCGACCUACGCGUGUCUUCCAAACCCGGGGAUGCCGACCAGGAGAUCUACUUCAUUCAUGGACUUUUUGGCAUCAAGGUCUGGGACGGGCUGAUGGAGAUUGACUCAUUUCUCACCCAACACCCCCAAGAGAUUGUCUUCCUGGAUUUCAACCACUUCUACGCCAUGGAUGAGGCCCACCACAAACUCCUGGUUCUCCGGAUCCAGGAGGCCUUUGGAAACAAGCUGUGCUCCGCCUGCCGUGUGGAGAGCAUGACGCUGCGAGCCCUGUGGGAGAAGAAGUGCCAGGUUCUUAUUUUCUAUCACUGUCCCUUCUACAAGCAAUACCCCUUCCUGUGGCCCGGAAAGAAGAUCCCAGCGCCCUGGGCGAACACCACAAGUGUGAGCAAACUCGUCCUCUUCUUGGAGACCACUCUGAGUGAGCGGGCCCCGCGCGGCUCCUUCCACGUCUCUCAAGCGAUUCUCACCCCCAGAGUGAAAACCAUCGCCCGAGGCCUGGUUGGUGGCCUUAAGAAUACCCUGGUUCAUAGGAAUCUUCCUGCCAUCCUGGACUGGGUGAAGACUCAGAAGCCCGGAGCCAUGGGUGUCAACAUCAUCACAUCCGACUUCGUGGACCUGGUGGACUUCGCCACGACUGUCAUUGAAUUGAAUGACCUCCUCCAGGAGGACAGAGCUUUGGCUAAAUGCUGAUUUGGUUUUUAUUUCAAUGUUGGCUUUGUUGAUCCAGGCCAGAGUUCUGAAGGGUUUCCUGUUAGGACGGCCCCUGGGCAGUGAUGGGGAAGGAGGAGGAGGGCAGUUUCCCCUCUUCAUAGGGCCAUUUGGAUAAAAUUAUAGAGCUUUUAAUUGCAUUUUUCCCAAAUGAGACUUUUAAAAAAACUGAAGUCCAAGGGAAGAAGCAUGUUUCGUGUGAUCAAAGUCAGGGUCUCCACAUGGAAUGUAAUGUGGAAAUGGGGUCUGCAGCUUCCUUCGAGUGUCUCCGAAUUGGCCCAGUUUCCUGCUGUCUCCCAGGAUGUUGUAUGCGAGCCAGUGAGAAGACUGAACCAGGAAGGCAUUCUUAGGCAAAAGAAUGGCUCGUGGCAGGUGGGGAAGGCUCCGUGGGUGGCUCUAACAUCAACCUGGGGCUUUGAGGGAGAAAGGGGCCAGGCACCACUUCUUCUGGCAUCUCGAAUAUUACCACUUCUUCCCCGAGAGAGUAAGACUUCUCAUCACCAGGCCAUUCCAGCCACAAGCUGUUCUUGCAUAGCUGCUGCUUGGGAACUGGGCACCUGCGUUCUUUGGAUAAACUGCAUAUUGCCUUUGGUAUCAGAAAUGUGUUUCCCCGUUGUAAAACAUUGAUUCCUUUCCAUUUCUAUUGGCCCCUUAAAAGUGAAAGGAACAAUGGUGGGGGAUCUUUUCAGUGUGGGGCCCAACAGGAAAUAGAUAUGCAUGUUUGCUGCAUGCCACAUUUCUUUGUUUUAAUCCUAUAACCUUUUCCCAAAAUGGCUGCCAGGUAAACUCCUGCAUCAUUUUGGCAAAGUCCUCUUUGGAACGGGAUCUUCAAGCCAGAUCUUGGAAUUGCAUUUCAUUGCUGCUUGCCGAGGACCCGGGUCUGUGCUGUGUCGUGUAAGGUAUAACGCUACCGGAAGGCACCUUAUCGUGGCACCGGGGGGGCAGCCGCGGGAUGCGUGGGCAAGUGCAAUGGAUUUAAGGAGGAAGCUCCGAGUGGGUUUGGAGCUGUUCUGUAACUUCGUGAAAACCAGACUACCUCAGGGACAUUCAGGAUGACUUGUGUGUCAUCAAGCGAGAGAGACCCAGUGCUGGAACGUUUCCAGUUUGCAUCUCGAUUGUUCUACUUUCUGCAGGUUGUUUGGGGCCUGGUAAUCACCCCUGCAGGAGGGCUGUGAAACUCAAGAGGGGAUUUUGGGUUUUGUUUUGUUUUUUUAAUUGAUAAGAGGUACUUAUCUAGGAAGAGCCCUCCUGUGUUUCUAUUUAUUUAUUUAUUUAUCCAUUUAUUUAUUUAUAGAUUAAGUUCAGUGCUUCUUACCUCAAGAGCACUCACAAAGGCGCUUCCUGAACUUUUCUCACCCAGGCCCAGCGCCGCCCUGAUCUUCAAGGGGCCCGUGCGUUUCGGGACUGUGAGCGACCUCUGACUGGGCUGGGGAUGUUCCCAGCUCCCCCAGGCCUGUCGGGACAGUGUGCAUUGUGUGGGUGUGGUGCAGAGCUGAGAAGCCCCUGGCAGACCACGCACGGGGUCAGAGGAUGCAACGGGUCAUGAAGAACUCUCAGUUCUUGAGGGAGAAUCCCUAGUAGAAGGUCAGAAAGGAAGGAUCUGGAAAGAAAACGGGGCAUAGGAGUGUGUACGUGCUGAUGCCCCUCAGAACUGUCUGAGGAUCCCUAAGGAAAUGUCAGCCUCUGGAUUCUUAAGGCAGAUAAACAUGGACUCCUGGACGGAUGUGUGUGUGUGUAAGGAUCGUUGGGCCACCUCCCAGAGGCUCGCCAUUCCUCCCCUGCCGGUGCUCACGCUGUGCGGCUGUGGGCGCCUGGGGUGAGCGGCCGAAAGCACACGCCCAUGCCCAGCUCGCGCUCUUCCAGCCUCUCUGUAAAGUCGGUUCAUCCCUGACCUUUAGCUCCCGCGGCUGGAGGGGGGUCACAACACAAAUGCCUCUGGGAGAAUCUGGUUUAACUUUUCCUGUUCUUGCAUUUGAACCCCCACUCCGAGAGGUUUCUGAGAUUGUGCUGCCCAUUUUUUAGGGCCUUCUCUGGAAAGGAGUAAGAAAGGAAGUGCCCUCGCUUUAUCAGUUGUUCCUCAAUUCUGCUAUUAAACCCCAGUGAGAAGCUCUGAAAUCCCCGGCCUACCCUCAGGGUUUUAUUUGUGUCAUUAUUGUUUCAUUUUGGUCUUAUUUUUAACUCUUGGUCCAUUGCUAGGGACUAGAUCGGUUCCCCUCUUUUAACCCUCUGUUACUUGGCAAAGAGAUCAGGAGGCAAGAGGAGAAUUACUCUGCUCUGUUUUAUUUGAGCCUCAGCUUUGUCCAGGUGCUCAGUGCUAUGAGGCCAGGUGCGUUGCAGGUAUCUACACAGGACGCCAGUGACACCCAAGGGCUGCUAACUGUUCCGUGAAAUGUUUACUUGAUUUUUUCCUUUAGUUUUAAAAGAUAUAAUUGCACUUCACUUAGGUUGUAACAUUUAAGUGCAUCUCAGUGUUUGCCUGGUAAGAGAAAAGUCAUCAAGCAUGACCCAAAAGCACAGAAAAUGGUCCCAAGGUCAUGGGCACGGAGCCCUGCUCUAUGUGGCAAGCGCAGGUGCUCACUCCUUCUUACUGCUCUGGGUUGCCAGCCUGGCUUGCCUUCUGAAAUUCUGCACAGGAGUUCUGGGAGCUGGGAGGAAGAUUAUUUGCAGUUCGCCCUUGAUAAACACCCUUGAAUCGGCAGAAUCUCUGCUCCAAGAAAAAGUUGUUCAACAUAUCACAAAGGACAUAUGCAUUCUGCUCUUGGACCUAAGGCCAAGCAGGAGACUCCGUGAUGGGACAGAGGGAGAAUAAACUUUAGGUCUACGACUCAUUCUGCAACUGCCAACAAUAAAAAUGGUUGACCCACCGCAUCAUUUAUUCUCACAAGAUCAAAUAAGGCUAUCGUGCUUACUCAGAAUUCACUUCAAGAUCAAAUAAAAAGCUACUUGACUGAGCCAAAGAGGGCUUUAGUUUCAUAGGAUUUGGGGCCAUAGUUCUUCUGAAAUGUAGGCUGAGUUUUUCAUGAAUUCUCUGGACCAUCUGCCACAUUUCCAUGGCUUUGUGGCAAAGGGGACAAUCACAGGUUUCAGUUAGAUUAGAGCACUGUUUAAAGGCUUGAACUUGGAGCCUAUUAGAAGUACCACUGUGGUUUCAUGGGCACAGAAGAUAUUCUUAGGGUUGGAGAGAGAAGUCAAGAUGGAACUGAUGGAAGGGAUGAUAAAUGAUUGUGGAUUAAAUUUUAAAUUAAUGGCAGACCAAAGAGGAUCAUGCCAAAACUAUUAUAUAUAUGCUGUAUGAGACCUCUAAUAAUUAAGUUUAGUCAUUUCCUCAGCACUGAGUCCAGACCCCUGAAUUCUUGAGAAUAGUUAAGCCACAGUCCGAACCCAGUUUUUAUAUAAACUCAAAGAAAGCACACAAUCUGAGCCCAGGUCAUGAUCAAUCUUAAGAAUCCUAGUUCUUCUUUCAUGACCUCACGUUCACAUCACAAAGUGGAUGUUUCUGUUCAAGAAGAUGAUGGUGGAGCAUUCUGGAAUGAAAUGCAGUUUUGUGGUGGGUCAGGAUUUUGUUUCUGAAUCCUGCCAUAAGAAAGUGUCCCCCAAAGAGACAUGAUUACAACCUGGCAAGAAAGCUUAGUGCUAAGCGAACGGUGGAGAAGCCGAAGAAAUUGCAACUGAAAUGAAAUGGUUUCUUUUCACGGAAGCACUAGGGCUACACAAAUUCAGGCCAUCUUACCGAAUGAGUUCGUGCCCCAGGUGCAGUUUUUGUAAUGUUCUCUGUGGGCUGACUGCAGUUUUUUACUGGGAGGUUCUGGGAAAUGGAACAGGCUAACGAGUGGGGCACAGCCAUGAGACUUCUCUCUCGUGGCUUUGCAGCUAAGUGACCCUAUGCUACAUCUGCCUUGGUUCCUUAAUCUGGAAUAAAGAUGUUGUCUGCGACUUUAGUGCUGUUCUGUACACCUUGGUGGACUAGCCCCCAAAACAUCAGGCCCCUAAUCAUUAAAGUAAAUGCCUCAUACUCGGGGGUACCCAGUUCCGGUCAUUCUUCCUUGUGCGGCAUGUGUGAAGAAAUGCCAUUGGGUUCAUUGCUCAAAAGUGUGGUGUGGGAUGAGGGAACUGGCGCCUUUAGUAAUCCGUAGAACGAGAUGCGUGUAGCUGCAUGAAAUCAGCCGACGAAAUCAGAAACUUGCGUUUCUGAGAGGUGGGCUUGCCCAAGUGCAUGCUAAACAGUCAUGUUACGCCACAAGGGAAUGAAUAGAAACUGAUAACAUCAAAUGUCCUGACAGGAAGUUUGUUCUGAAUGGCACAGAACGUAGUUGUCCCUCAAAAUUCUACCACCUUUCCAGUCCUCCUUGGCCCUCUGCCUCAGAUGGCUUCCUAGUAUUUGCCAUCAUCACUUUGUCACUCACAAAUGUUACCUUGGGAUACACAGGAGUGAAUUGAUUAGGGGAUAAGUGAUUUCGCUGGAAAUUGGCCCUAACUCCAAGUGAUCAUGGACAGCCCUUUACUACCCCAGGAUGUAUGGCCGCCUUAUCUUCUGGCUUCCCCAGCUUCCUACUAGAAAUAUUGAUACAGGCCCCUGUAUCGCUGCACAGACCCUGAACCUGGAAGAAUACAAUACACAUGGCUAUCGAUGUUGUUGAAAUAGCAGUCUUAAAAUGCUAUAAAAAUAUUCUAAGAACACUUUCGAUCCUGCAGUGGAUAUAGUGUUCUAGUCUUUUCUCCAGCAAAACUUAUUCUUAGGGUUUUUCAGACUCCUUUCUAAGCUACAUAGUUUGGAUACAAUAUUUUUCUUCUCUUCACUGGGAACUCAAUCCCACAGUCUAUUGAGAUGACCUCAUCAAUAGUCAAGAGACAUUUUCCAUCUCAUUCCUUCUGAUCUCCACAGAAGUCCACUUUCUCCUCUUGUCUCCUGGCCAUCCUUUAUCAUCUGCCAAUUACUAUAAAUAACAGAAUGCUGGCAAAACUUACACAAAAAGGCACACGUGUUCAAUGAUGCCCAAAUACACUCUUACCACCGAGGUUAUUGCUCCGUACUGUCCCAAAGGCAUAAUUCUGCACCCCCCCACACUCCCCCACAGCCACACACAGAAUCUGAUUGGAACCCAGAACUCGAGGCCAGUGCUUCAUUCAACUAGCAGGAGCUUGCUCACAAGCUUGUAGCCCAAUGAGAAGCACAGCACUUUGAAGUCAGGCCUUCAGUCGCUUUGUAUAUUUGCAGUUUUACAUUUGCUAUUAGUUUAUAGCCACUAAUAACACUGCGGUCAUGAAUCUAUAGUAUCAAUAUGAUAAAUCUUAGAACAUAUUCUAGACACAGCGGUACCUUGCUGCUACUAUACUUACUAAUUUACGCCCCAAUAUUAAUAAGUAUCACAUACAGAUUGUGUAUGCAUUGUUUGUCCUGGAUAUAUGCCAACUAGGAUCAGCACUUAGAAAAUACAGACAUUAUCAUAGUGAAAAUACGUCUUGGUCAAUUCAAAUGAUACGUGACUCUGAUAAAUACUCUAUUAGAUAUUAUGUUUGUCCUCUAGGCUUGUUUUAUAUUACAGUGCAUGCUGUUUGCUAAGUUAAGUAAAAAAAUAAUAAUAAUAAAUUGUACCAAUUUUAAGGUUAGAGUUAAAAUUUUACAUAUAUGCUGCUUGGUACUCUGAAAUGUAUUUUGUGGCUUAAUUAUCUUAUUCACACACAUUUCACUUGGCUUUUCCCCCCCUAGGAAAUCAUUAUUCAAAUAUAUCUCUCCUUCUUUCUUAUAAACUGGAUCAUACUGCUUAAUUCAACCUAAAACAUUGUAAAGCCAGAUUACCUCAUUUUAACUGUGAAAAAAAAAUUAAUAGGAAUGACAUGAUGUCUUUUCUUGUAUUUUAUUUGAACUACCUAAAUAGGCCUAACCCCAAUAAUAAAUAUAAAACUUCAGCAGGCACUUUUCCUUGAUUCUACGUGCAUUUUAUUAUCGGCCCACUUCUAAUUUUUUUAAAGGC